UUCAUCUCCUCUUCCUUUCAGUUGUCCAUCUCCUCUCUCUCCCCCCUCACAUUUCACCUUCCUUCGUCUUUUUCCACAGCCAUUUGUUAGAGAUUCCUCUAUAUGAACUUUUCUUCUCUUGUUCAUUGGGCUGUACCGAUUCCCAGUUGAUAAUACCCAUAAAAAAAUCUCCUUUUUUGCAUAUUUGCUUCUUCUUCUUGCUGGGUGUUUUCCCCCUUUAUUUGGGUACCAUUUCAAUGUUUGCUCCUUUGUAUUUUCUGGGUUAAAGUUAUAUUCAGCUUCAACAACUCCUCCCUGGGAAAAGAAAAGAAAAAAACUCUUCUGCGUUCUGCUUUAAAGAAGAAGAAAAACCGUCUUUUUGCCCACUACUGCCUUACAGGCUUCCCCAACACAGCCCAGCAAAUCUUAUUGUUUUGCAGAAUUCUGAGGAAGUUUUGAUAAUUUGGGGUUUUCUGUGAAUUGGUUUUUUGUUUGAAUUACUACCUUCGAGAAGAAAGAGAGGGAAGGAGUAGGAAGUGAGGUAGAGAUAGACUCAUGGGGAAGGAAGGGCCCUGCUAUCACUGUGGAGUUACAAGCACACCUCUCUGGCGCAAUGGACCCCCUGAAAAGCCGGUGUUGUGCAAUGCGUGUGGGUCUAGAUGGAGGACGAAGGGAACUCUGGCAAACUAUACACCUCUUCACUCCCGGGCAGAUCCCGAUGAAUAUGAGGAUCAGAGAGUUGCCAGGCUGAAGAACAUAUCUCUUAAUAGAAACAAAGAAAUAAAACUUGUCAAACGAAAGCCAAACCUUGAUGCUGGGGUGGUUGGAGGAAUGGCAUCUGAUUACGUGCAGAGUAGCCGGAAGGUUAUGGAUGAAGAUUUUAGUAAUAGAUCGAGUUCAGGAUCAGCCAUAUCUAACUCUGAGAGUUGUGCUCAUUUUGGUAGCAUGGAUGCAAGUGAAUUGACAGGUCCAUCUCAAACAGUUGUCUGGGACUCAAUGGUACCUUCUAGAAAAAGAACAUGCGUGAAUCGUCCAAAACAAUCUCCAGUUGAGAAGCUUACAAAAGAUCUCUACACCAUCUUGCAUGAACAGCAGUCUUCUUGCUUUUCUGGUACUUCUGAAGAUGACUUGCUUUUCGAGAGUGAAACGCCAAUGGUUUCUGUUGAGAUAGGGCAUGGAAGUGUCCUCAUCCGGCAUCCUAGUGCAAUAGCUCGAGAUGAAGAGUCUGAGGCUAGCUCACUUUCGAUAGAGAACAAGUUCUUCCCGGCAAAUGAAGCUUAUUCCCAUUCCGUGAAUUUUAGUCAUGCGUAUAAUGGAAACACCAAGUGCAUCAAGACUCUUGAUCCUGUAAUUGAGAAACCUCAUUACUUUCCUGGACAAGGAAUGCAGCAGCAAGAACAGCUUAAUAGGGACAAGUCUCAGAACGAGAAAGUGCAAAUUCUUGGGCAUCAUAACUCACCCCUGUGUAAUAUUGAUCUGAAUUGUGUUCUUAACUUCAAGGAGUUUUCAGAACACUUGACGAGCGAAGAGCAGCAGCAGUUGCUCAAAUUUCUGCCUGCACUUGAUACUGGCAAACUUCCGGACAGCAUCAGAAGCAUGUUCGAUAGCCCUCAGUUCAAGGAGAACCUGUCUUCCUAUCAACAACUUCUAACAGAAGGGGUCUUUGAUCUGUCCUUGUCAGGGGUAAAGACCGAAGAUUGUAAAACUCUCAAGAGACUCACUUUAUGCAACCCCUCAAAGUCAAAGUGGGUUGAGCAUUAUCAUCUACUCAAGAAAUGCAAAAACAAUCGUGGAAAGUCUCCUCCUGCUGUAAAGGGACCGAAUGUGGCAUCAAACUUUUCUACUACGGGCAAAAGACCACGUGAGAGCUCGAAGAUCCCAGAGGUGAAGAUGAUGAGCCCGAGAAGGAGUUCAACAAAGACGGGUUAUGAGAACAAUAGUAGGGAAAUCAUGGACAACGAUGCAUCAUGCUUCAGCCCGAAGAGUCUAUUCGCGUUGCCUCCUGAAGGAGGUGGUUCCUUCGUGCUGGACUCCCUCCAUUUCGUCGAUGAGAGCUCUGAUCAAGACCUGCUGCUGGAUGUGCCGUCGAAUGGUUCAUUCCCUCAGGCAGAGCUGCUUCAUCCAGCUAUGAGUUUUGGCGGGCAGCAGGCGAGCACUAGUAGUAGCUCAGUAUACCCACAUCAUCGACUUCAGAAUCAUCCCUGAUAAAAAUAAAAACAAAAACAAACACCAGGGCUUUUAUAUAGAAGAUAAAUCUAUAUGCGCAGAACUUUUUUGCCAAGCAAACAAAUGAAACAAGUACUGAAAUGAGGUCUGGUGAUGGUUGCUUGCUCUUCACUCAACCCUUUUCCCCACUCUCUCUUCUGUGUUUUGACCUCUUGAUUUCUAAUAGAACUCAAUCAAGGGGGAAACUUUGGGGGAAAUGGGGUUCUUUUUUUGUGUUUUUGUAUAGGUUGAGAAGAUAUAUUGUAAAAUAUAGAUGGGUAAGAAGAAAAGAUGCAACCUUUCUUGGAGGUGGCGAGUUUUCAAAUGAGUGCCUAUGUAUGUAGCUUUUAGUUGCAGAAGAAAACCAAAGAGAAAAAGAACUCGGAAGAAUGGCAAAGCUAAACAUCUUUUUCUAGCCCUUUUUUUUGUCCGUUUCAUUUUCCAGAUAAUGAAAUUACGAUGACCGAUGAUUCAAGAUGCAGAAAUAAUCGAUGCUUUUUGGUAUCGUAAAGUUUUAGGGUGUGCCUACGGUGACAUGCAUGUCAUGGUAACUUGUACUUUCCGGUCGACCUCAGUUAGGAUUAGGUCGACCUCAUUUAGGAUUCGGUCGACCUCAUUUCGGAUCUGGUCGACCUCAUUUCGGAUUCGGUCGACCUCAUAUAGGAUCAGGUCGACCUAAUCUGUUGUUUUAGUGUAAAAACAGUUCAUGGUGCCUACUUUGGAUAUUCAUAUCAUACAAUUGGCUAGAUAGAAAUUGAAGACUAAUGACUUGUUUUGAAGCUGGAGUGUCCCUCUACAUAUUGAAGUGAUUGAGAGCUCGAUAGGAAGUCCAGGAGACCAUUUUUGAACCUCAUCAAAAGGCUAUGCCAAAACUGGGAAACUGUCUGGAAAUGGCUAAGUCUGGAAACGUGUUUGUGAAGCCUAUUUUGGAGCUCAAUUCGAGAAGCAUGAGUGCGAGUCGAGUCCAGGAGCCUCUACCACGUUAAAUUAGGUAUAUAUUUAUACAAAUUCAAGGCAUUGGAUGAAAGAUUGGAUAUCUGUAAGGCUUCAAACAAAAGGGUCGAAGUUGCUACGAAGGCUGUUUUUCUGGCAGACUUCGAGCACAAGCAAGCUGCCAGAAAAACAGCCUUUGUAGCAACUUCGAGCCUUUUGUUUGAAGCCUUAAAGAUAUUCAAUCUUUCAUCCAAUGCCUUGCCUUUGUAUAAAAAAUACCUAAUUUAACGUAGUAGAAGCCCCUGGACUUGACUCGCAUCCAUGCUUCUCAAAUUGAGCUCCAAAGUAGGCUUGACAAACACGUUGCCAGACUUAGCCAUUUUCAGGCAGUUUCCCAGUUUUGGCAUAGCCUUUUGGUCAGGUUCAAAAAUGGUCUUCUAGACUUUCUAUUGAGCUCCCAAGUACUUUAAUGUGUAGAGGGACACUUCAGCUUCAAAACAAGCCUUUAAUCUCCAAUUUCCAUUUAGCCAAUUGUAAGAUAUGAAUCUCCAAAGUAGACACCAUGAAACUGUUUUUACACUGAAACAACAUAUUAGGUCGACCUAAUCCUAUAUGAGGUCGACCGAAAAGUGCAUGUCACCGUGACAUGCACGUCACCGUAGCAAAAUCCAAAGUUUUAUCAUAUGAUAUUUUGUAUCAGAAAUCUAAGUCCUAAAUCAAACAAAUUCAUUACUAUUGGGUCAUAUACUUAUGAAUGAUAUUACUUUAUCCUCUUGCAAUGAGAGCUCUCUUUUUUUAGUGGAGAAAUGGUGGGCAAAAAUGGGGAUCCAUCCAUGUCAAAAGAUCAAGAAGUUGGCAUAUAAAGCUAACUACUAUUUUUGUUUCCUUGCGACUUGGAGGGAGCACGUGAACUUGAGAGUAGUGACAUUUGUGCAAAAACUAGGAAAACUUGGAUCCGUCCGAUUUUAACUUAGUUUGAUUGUUUCUAUGAAUUUGUUUAGGGAUCCAAUACUUUCUAAACCAAAUCUAUGAAUAGGAGAAUCAAAUAAUACUUCAUUUCGGGA